UGGAAGUGUAAACGUUUAAUCCCUGUUGUGACCAUCAAAUCGGGGGCUUUUUUAAAGCAGAGACGCUUGCCUAGGAGUGUCACAGUUGUACGCAAAAGCGAGGAUCUCGAAGUGCCAUGUGAUGUCGUUGUUGACUCCGGUGUCGUAGGUCAGGAGCACGUUCAAGGUCAUCAUCUGUUUUCUCGAUUAUCGGCCAAGAUCGGCCGUCCAUCGUGAUUCCGUGUCGGUUAAACAGGUUCGCACGAAGUGAAUCUAAAACAAAACUCGUUUUUGGAGAUUGAAAGGCUUAACGAGACACAACAGUCGCCGGUACGAUCAGUUUGCUGUACAGUUUCUGUGUAUUCUGACGUGAAAAGCCGCAACAUGUGCUAUCGUGCGGUAUUAUUAGUGAUAUCUGCGGUAGUUCUGUUAGAUUCUCUGGUUUUCGGCGAGGAUCCUUGGUUCUCGGACGAACCACCGAGUGAUUUUAUGGAAAGAAAAAACCUGAGAGAUUGUCCAAAUAGGUUCUAUAGGGAUCUGGAUCCGUAUGGUAUUCCCCAUUUUGGGUAUGGCGGUCGUCGAGUAUUCCGUGGCGAGUACCAACACAUGGUAGCGAUCGGUUGGACUCGGUCGAAUGUUAGCAUCGAGUAUCUGUGUGGUGGGACCUUGAUAACCGCGCGGCACGUUCUUACGGCCGCACAUUGUACUUAUGAUUCAGAGAACAUUGCUCCCGAUACAGUACGAAUCGGUGACACGGAUCUGGGCAGCCUGGCGGAUGAUGAGUUUGCACAACAGUUCCCGAUUCUCGGCAUCACCGUACACCCGAAGUAUCGUGGAUCCCGUAAAUAUUUCGACGUAGCGCUGAUUGAACUGGCCCAACGUUCUAAGUUUAGCGAAGCAGUAUGUCCAGCUUGCUUGUGGCGUGAAGAAGAGCUGCCGGAGGAGCGAAUGCAAGCCAUUGGGUUCGGUGUAACCGGUUUUGGCGAAGCGCGUAGCCCCACCUUGCAGCUGGUGAAGCUCGACAAGGUGGAACCGUCAGUUUGUGCGGAGAGAAUAUUCCUCAACCGGCGACAGAUGCCCGAUGGGUUUCGAAAUGAUCAAUUUUGUGCCUCCGGUAAUGGUAUGGACACCUGUGAAGGCGAUUCGGGAGGUCCGAUAGGAGUGAAGCGACUGGAUGUUGAAGGCAGAGUGAUUCAUUUGGUAACUGGCGUCGUAUCGUUUGGAACUCCGUGUGUUCCGGGAUCUACGGGAGUUUACACCAGAAUCAGUGACUACAUCGAUUGGAUCGAGCAAGAGACGAAUCGUACGCUAAGCUAUGGAGCCUGUUCAAAAGGCUUCUUGUGCCCAGGACGAGCCACCAGCGGAACAACGGUUUAUUAUGACGAGAGUAGAAAGCUAAAACAUCGGUUCGGGCUCCUUUGGAAUGAAGCAGAUCCUUCAAUAUACGAGUGUGGUGCUACACUGAUCGAUUACCAGUUCCUAGUAACAUCGGCUCAUUGUGUUACCACCGCUAAAGGAUACCCAAAGUACGUCGCGCAUGAUGAUUCUGAGCGCGUUGCCGUAACAGACGUCUAUGUGUCCCCGCGAUACAAACCUGGAAGUCCCGAUAAUGAUAUCGCCCUGGUGAAGAUGGCAAAGUUCAUCAACCCCAACGUCUUUCGUCCAGUUUGUCUGUGGGAUCGUCGCAUCGAUGGUGCAUGGUCAGGAACUCCAAGAUUUGCUGCCUACGGACCAAUACUCGAUGACCUCGAACCUGUGACGUUAACCAACAGCACCAUCUCCGUGCAUGCCUCAAUUGGAAAGGAAUGCCGUGUGAGUGAUGCUUCUAGUAGUGAUUUGGUUUGCUUUAACAACAGUGUCAAGAUGAUUCCGGAUGCUUGUUGGAUGGAUUACGGGGGAGCGGUAACCAAUAAGACGGAGCUGUUGGAACCAGUUUUCAUGUUCGGUGUAACAUCCGUGCUAAGCCAGGGUUGUGGUUCCAACUUGAUCGUGACAGAUGUCACGCCGCACAUCAGAUGGAUAGAAGCUAUCGUCGUUGCACGACGUAAUCAAAUGCUUGUUUUUACUGAUUGAAUUUAAUAAAUAAAAUAGCCUUCUGCCUCAA